CCAUCAACCAUCAAAAAUUGAAAAGUAAGCAAACACAGAAAUUUCUCAAAAAGCUAACCAAAAAUGUCUCUGAUCCCAAGAAUCUUCGGCGACCGACGAAGCAGUAGCAUGUUCGAUCCAUUUUCAAUUGACGUAUUUGAUCAAUUUAGGGGAUUAGGCUUUCCAGGUACCAAUUCAGGGGAGACCUCUGCAUUUGCUAACACUCGAAUCGAUUGGAAGGAAACUCCAGAAGCUCAUGUGUUCAAGGCUGAUCUUCCAGGGCUUAAGAAGGAGGAAGUGAAAGUGGAGAUCGAAGAAGAUAGGGUUCUUCAGAUCAGCGGAGAGAGGAACGUGGAGAAAGAAGAUAAGAACGACACUUGGCAUCGUGUGGAACGCAGCAGUGGAAAAUUCAUGAGGAGAUUUAGACUUCCAGAGAACGCAAAGAUGGAUCAAGUCAAGGCUUCUAUGGAGAAUGGAGUGCUGACUGUCACUGUUCCAAAGGAAGAAGUGAAGAAGCCUGAUGUCAAGUCUAUUGAAAUCUCUGGUUAAAACUUCAUUUGCUUGUUAAGUGGUAGUAUAUGAUGUAUGAGCAAAUAAUCAGUUGGAUAUUUUAAGUUGCUGUGUCUUUGUAUUCAAGUGUUUUGAGUUGUCUCUGUUUCUGAUGUUCAAGAUAUGAAAUACUAACCCUUUUCAGUCUGUUCCAAA